GACGCCAUUUUGAAGGUACAAGGUAAGAAUGAAGUUAUCCCCGACGCUGUAGUAAACACAGGCGCUUCCAAGUUGUACAAGCAACUCAGCCAGCAUCCACCAUGAACGUUGUCCGAGAAAUAAGCAAAAUAAAUGAACGCGAACUGGAACUGGGCCUGACGGGGUCGUGGCAUGAUGACUACAAAGAUUCUGCCUACAUAUUCAUUGGGGGACUACAUCCAGACCUCACAGAAGGAGACGUAAUAACAAUAUUUUCUCAGUAUGGCGAAGUUAUGGACGUGAACCUUCCUAGGCAUAAGGAUACUGGCAAAACCAAAGGCUUCGGCUUUCUCAUGUAUGAGGACCAACGUUCAACUGUCUUGGCAGUGGAUAAUCUGAACGGAGCGAAAGUCCUCGAGCGAACCCUACGAGUGGACCACGUCAAGAGUUACAGGCAGCCAAAGACGAAGGGAGAGGAAGGCGAGUGGUUGGAACCAGAGGAGCAGAGUUUCAAUGCAAGGCCUGAGAUCAUUGUUGACGAGGAAGGGGCUUCAGACUCGUCCGAGUCGUCCGGUCCUGAUAUCGACCCUGAGGAUCCCAUGCGUGAUUAUCUACUUGAAAAGUACAAGGCGGAGAAGGCAUUGAAACAGGCUAAGAAGUCGAAAACCAAGCACAAACAUAAGGACGAAACCCCAGAGGAGCGGCGCGCGCGAAAGGAAAGAAAGAAAGAGAAGAGGCGGAAGAAACUCGCGAAGUCGGAAGGUAUGAAAGGUGUUGAAGAACUCUUGAACGAGCUUGAAGGUCGUGUCACUACAAGCCGACGUCCUCGCAGCCCUUCCCCUCGAAGAACAUCGACACCCCGGAGUAGAGAGCCGCUGCCACGAGAGAGAUACCCUUCUCCAGGUAGAAGAGACAGGGACUAUCGUUCCAGAAGUAGGACACCGCCUGCUAGAGGACCGUCGUCACGCCGUCCGAGAUCCGGAUCACGUUCCCCAGUACGUAGUCCUUACGGGGACAAGCAUGCGGGUAGGCUUGAGGAAGCCGAUGGCUUUAGGGAUCGAAAUUAUGAUCGAAGCUCACGAAGACGAAGGGAUUAUGAUUGAUGUUUCUUUGUGUUGUAUUCUUAGCUAGCACGGCGGAAGAUGGUUUUUGGGGCAAGUGCUUCAUAUAAUUAUGUUGAAAGAUGAUUGUUCUCGAUACCAGACACAGCUUGAACGUCCUGGUCAAGUCCUGGUACAUACCUUACAUAAAAUCUCCACAGCGUUGCAAUCGGAUUCGAUGUCAGUGGCACGGGCACAUUGGUCUUCGUUUCUGCAGACACUUUUGGAUUUGAUGUAAAGAACUCGAAUACAACAAGUUGUUAAGA